UUUUUUUUCCGGGGGGGUGGGGGGGGGGGUGGGGAGGGAGCGCCCCCAGAAAUUCCUGGACAUCACCCCCUGCCCCAAGCACGCAAUAAACACUGACAAGAAAAACUUUUUAUUUCCUGGUUCAACUUUUUUUUUUCCUGGAAUAUAGACCGAAGAAUGGGAAUAAACACGAAUAAAUAGCAGAGCGAGGCCGCGCGCCGGGAUGCGCCUGGUUGCAGCCGCGAGGCCAUUGUCUCACCGCCCUGAAGCCAGCCUGGCGUUGUCCCCCGGCUCCUUCCCUUUCCCUGUCCUUUUUGAUUUUCCUUUUUAAAAAGACGCCCCCUCCAGCCCCCUCGCCUGUGACCUUGGCAGCCUCGGAUGCUCUGAUUCCACCAACUUGCCCCCGCGCCGGCCAGGCCCAUGGCCGCGUCCGAGGACGGGAGCGGCUGCCUCGUGUCGCGGGGCCGCUCACAGAGUGACCCCAGCGUUCUCACGGACUCCUCGGCCACCUCCUCCGCGGACGCCGGGGAGAACCCAGAUGAAAUGGACCAAGCCCCCCCAGCGCGCUCCGAAUAUCUGGUCUCAGGGAUCCGAACUCCCCCGGUGAGGAGGAACAGCAAACUGGCCACCCUGGGCAGGAUCUUCAAACCCUGGAAAUGGAGGAAGAAGAAAAACGAAAAACUGAAGCAGACGACGUCUGCGCUGGAGAAGAAGAUGGCCGGCAGGCAAGGUCGGGAGGAGCUCAUCAAGAAGGGGCUGCUGGAGAUGAUGGAGCGGGAUGCUGAAAGCAAAGCCUGCAGCCCUGACGGAGGGCCCCGGGCCGCACAGAGCGAGCCCUCCACCCCCAAGCAGGAGACACUGACUUCAGAAGAAGCCCCGCCCGGAAGCCCUCUGGCCACUGGGACAGACCAGUCUUCCCUGGACGAGCCACUGUCCUUGGACUCCCAUUCUGACGAUGCAGCCAAGAUGCCGUCAGCAUCCAGAGGUGAAGAAGCAGACGCCGCCAGCAGCCUCCCGCCUACCACGGACGAACCCUCUCAAGCCUUAGCUGGGUCUGACUCCUUGGACAGUCCUCCCAGACCCCUGGAGAGAUCCAUGGGCCAGCUCCCCAGCCCCCCGCUGUUGCCCACCCCACCGCCAAAGGCAGGCUCCAAAACCACAAAAAAUGUCACAGGCCAGCCUGCGCUCUUCCAAGGCCCUGGCGGAAAGAGUGCUGACCCUCCCCUCCGAGGACAGCUUUCCACGCCCACAGGGUCUCCACAUCUCACCACUGUCCACCGGCCACUGCCCCCCAGCCGUGUCAUCGAGGAGCUGCACAGGGCGCUGGCCACCAAGCAUCGCCAGGACAGUUUUCAAGGAAGGGACGGUAAAGCGUCCCCGAAGAAGCGGGUGGACGUCCGCCUGUCGAGAACGUCCAGCGUGGAGCGGGGCAAGGAGCGGGAGGAGGCUUGGAGCUUUGACGGGGUCUCGGAGGGCAAGCGGACCGCCGCCAAGGGGUGUGAGGAGAACAAGGAGAACUUGAUCGUGAACUCGGAACUCAAGGACGACCUGCUGGUGUAUCAGGACGAAGAGGCGCUGAACGACUCCGUCAUCUCUGGAACACUGCCCAGGAAAUGCAAGAAGGAGCUCUUGGCGGUAAAGCUGCGGAACCGGCCCAGCAAGCAGGAGCUGGAAGACAGGAAUAUUUUCCCCAGGAGGACUGACGAGGAGAGACAGGAAAUCCGGCAACAGAUUGAGCUGAAACUCUCCAAGCGUGCGGCCCAGGGGCCUGCGGUGGAGCAGAGCCCACGGAAAAACCUUCUGAAACAAAGGAAUGAUCAGACAGAGCAGGAAGAAAGAAGAGAAAUCAAGCAAAGAUUGACAAGAAAGCUCAACCAGAGACCCACGGUGGAUGAGCUGCGAGACAGGAAGAUUCUGAUCCGGUUCAGUGACUAUGUGGAGGUGGCAAAGGCUCAGGACUAUGACCGACGGGCGGACAAGCCCUGGACGCGGCUGUCCGCGGCUGACAAGGCAGCCAUUCGUAAGGAGCUCAACGAGUACAAGAGUAACGAAAUGGAGGUACACGCAUCAAGCAAGCAUUUGACAAGAUUCCACAGGCCAUAGAGAUUUUCUUCUGAGAAGAAUUUGUGUUUAAUUUUAUACCAACACUGAACCUUGAUCAGGGAACUUUCCUGAAGUUCGGCUCACGACUCCCUGCCAUGUCAGCGAGAGGAACGGGGCGCUCAGGCAGGUGAAGUCUGGGCCAUGAUGUUCGAGGGGAACUCAGAGGACACCCUUCGCUCUCUGGUGUCUGCGGAGUGGGAACUGUGGGGCCCGGUGGAGACCCAGAGUCGCUCUCCCAGAAGAAAACUGUCCUUUGCCUUUGAACCUGGUUUGACAGCUCUGCAGCGAGCCGGGGGGCCGGGCCGCGUGUGGGCAGGCGCACCCCGGGGCCUCCGACGCGGACGGACGGGCGGCGCAGCGGCGUUCAGGCUUAUGUUGAAAGACAUUUUUAUUCUGAUCACAGUUAAUUUGAGAACUCUUUAAGUUCGUGUUCCACAAAAUUAUUGACUGUAUUAUACUUUUCUUUCUUUCUUUUUUUUUAUAUAAUGUCUAACAAAAAAAAUACAGCUGCAACAUUUUGAUUCCUGUUAAUUUUGUUCUUUAAUUAAAUGACUACUUAUUGCAGGAAA